GCCUCCACCGCCGUCACCGUCGUCCACAGACACCAUGGGCAACAACUCGGACAAGAUCUACGUCACGUAUGCCGAGCAUGCUGCCGGUGGGCAUACGGCCUCGAGUGGCGGCAAGGCGGCAGAGAAGGGUCGCCAGGAGCUCAUGCGUCUACCCUUUGACUGCUGUGCGCUCUCGCUGCAGCCGUUUAAGAACCCCGUGGCUGUGAUUCAGGAGCAAAAGCCUGGCGAGGAGAGGCGUGCCGAUGUCUUUGAUCUGUUGAACAUCGUGCCCUACGUGCGCAAGUUCAAGACGAACCCGGUGACGGGCAAGCCCCUCGAGACCUCACAGCUGCUUAAGCUCAACUUCUUCAAGAACGCCGAGGGUAACUACCACGACCCGAUCACUUUCAAGGUCUUCUCGAACCACGUGCACAUCGUGUUCCUCAAGAACACUGGCAACGUCUUCGAUAUGGCCUCGCUCCAGCUUCUUGCUAUCAAGUCCAAGAUGUGGCGCGACUUGGUCAGCGACGAGCCUUUCACCCGCGAAGACAUCAUCACGAUACAGGACCCCGCGAACGUGAAGGCGCGCGACGCACGAGACUUUGACUACGUCAAGAACCAAAAGAAGGUGUCAGAAGAGGACAUGGCGGACCCGCUCAAGGGCAUUAAUGUCGACGCAGCUGGUGGCGCGAGCAAGGUGCUCAAGAUGCUGGCUCAGAAGACAAGGUCUGAAAACGCGUCUCCGUCGCCGGCGCCCGAGAAGGAAGCGAAGGAGGGCGUCGUCGCCAAACCUAGGAAAGAGGAACUUGCAUACAACGCUACCAACUUUUCCACUGGGCGUGCGGCCGCUUCGCUUACCAGCACAACACUCGGGCCGGAGGUCAAGAACGAGCGUGCGAUGUAUAAUGAGGAGGAGCUCAUGUUCGAAGAGCUGUCGAAGCCGACCAAGGACAAGGAACGACUGAAGUCACGGGCGUACGCCACGAUCAUGACAAACUUCGGCGGCCUCAAUGUUGAGCUGUACGGCGACCGCGCACCGAAAACGGUGUACAACUUUGUUCAGCUCGCCAAGCAGGGCUACUACGAUGAUGUCGUCUUCCACCGUCUCAUCCCGGGGUUUAUGAUACAAGGAGGAGAUCCAACGGGCACUGGGCGUGGCGGCAAGUCGUUCUGGGGUGAACCAUUCCGGGACGAGUUUGGCGAGAAGGGCGCGUUCAAGCACGACGCGCGCGGCGUGCUCUCCAUGGCGAACAGCGGGCCGAACACGAACGGCUCCCAGUUCUUCAUUACGUUCCGGGAGACGCCGCACCUGAACAACAAACACACGGUGUUCGGCAAGCUCGUGGGCGGCUUGGACGUGCUGGGUGCCCUCGAGCGCAUCCCGGUCCGGCCGGGCGGCGACACGCCGACCAAGACGAUCAAGAUCACGGGCGUGCAGGUCCUCCAGGACCCGUUUGCCGAGUACCAGGCCAAGUUGGCGGCGAAGCUGGCGCGGUCGGACCAGAGCGCCGAGGCGCAGGCGAAGCGCGCAGCGGCAAGAGAGAAGCGCGAGAAGGACCGCACGACGUGGCUCGGGACGGACCUCGGCGCCAAGGGCGAGAGCAGGGAGGCGAAGGAGGCGCGUAAGCGCAAGCUCGAGGACGAUGGGGUGGGCAAGUAUAUCGCGCAGGCGAAGAGCAAGACGCCGAAGGUUGCGCCAGUCGAGUUUGAGGUAGAGAAGAAGAAGCGCAAGCCAGGAGGCUUCGGCGACUUUUCUGGGUGGUAGCGCUGUAUCAGUGUAGAGUAUGCGACAACGUGUUUUACUAAG